AUGAUGACAGCCAUGGUGAUGAUGAACUACUGGUAUGUCGAUGAUGAUGAUCAUGAUGAUCGUCGCCGUUGUCUUUCACAGUUCAUUUUCACCACUGUUACUUCGUUCCAUAUUACUGCUUAUAUUUUUCUAUCAAUGAUCUUACAUAAAAGGUCGCUGCUUCUCAAUGUUGAUGAUGCUUGGAAGCCGCAGAUAUCGAUGGUCUCUUUCAACGAACCAUCCAUACCUCAUCCAGCAGCUGGUGUGGAUGUCACGAAUUUCGAAAGGGAAGAAUUGCUUCAACGCCAUAUUUCAAAGUCAAAAUUGUUGAGCCAUGGACAGAGCUGCUCAUUUUCUUUUUUGAUAUUUGCCAUUCUUCUACAGCUGGAAAUCGUAUUUGUACCUGUCGGAGCAACUUUCUCUGAUAAAGGUAAAGUCGAAUAUCCAUUAGUAAUUGACAACCGUGUCCGGCAUCAUAACUGGAAGCGUAGCAUUGAUCCAUUGAUUGGAGCCCAACAAAGGAGAAGCAGCGACUACAGAAGUAGUAGUAAUAGUAUAACUAGAAUUAAUGUUUUGAAUACUACGUUAUUAGGAAAUGGAAUCGAUUUCGACAAGUGGAAGCAUGCGGAAAGCAUAUCAGACAAUCGACCGCAGCACUAUCACAGCGAACAAUUCGUGCUAUUUACCUUCAUCGUUGUUCAUAACGGUCAGACCAAACUGUUCACGACAGAAUCAGCUCACAUAUUUAUAAUGGAAUUGCAACCUGAAGAAAAAAUAAUUGUAACAUGUCGGGCCAGUUUACUUGGAUUAGGCGAAGAUAUGGAUGUAAUGUGGUGGAAAGAUAACGAAUUCAUAACUACAACUAAUUCAUCAGUCUUGAUAUUGAAUGACCAAAAUUUAGGAUUAUAUAGAUGUGUAGCUGAUGUGGCGAUUGUAUCUACUGAUCUCCUUGAUAGUUAUCUUUUAAGUAAUCGGAUAAAACGUUCGGCCGAAAUGCCGCCUGGGAAAGUGCUAAGCAGUGCCUUCAUAGUGAAGCGUGCCAUACCAAUUCAUUUUACCGUUCAUCCAAAAAACUUAACAGUAGCACAUAGUUCGAUUUUCCGAUUGGAAUGUGCAACAGGUGGUUCAAGUUCUCAGCCAAUUACAUGGUAUCACAAUGACACAAAAAUUCUAGUUGAGGCGAACAGAGAUAAUAAUAUCCAUAUAUAUACUAUUGAGCAUCAUUCGAUAUUGCAUUUGAUGGGAGCAGAUUUAAAUGACAGUGGUUAUUAUCAGUGCCGUAGUGGAAGUAUAUUUAGUGAUGUAGCAGUCGUAAAUGUCACCUUUGACGAGGAUGGACAUUCAGCUGAAGAUUUGGUGACGUUAACGCAUCUUCCGUCAGAAUUGUUAGUUCCUCUUGGUGGAAGUGUUAUAUUGGAAUGUCUUUUGUAUGAUCCACAUUCAGCUUCAUCAUGGCAUGUUGUAAAUGAAUAUGGACAACCUAUCCACA